GCCGGCGGGCCCGGCGCCAUGGCGGAGGGCGGCCGGCUGGAGGCCGCCGUGCGCGGCCGCCUGCGCGGCCUGCGGGAGCGCUGGGCGCGGGGCGGCCGUGAGCGCGAGCGUGGCGGCGCGGUGGCCGGCCCCGGCCCCGGUCCCGGCGGCGCGGAGGCGGCGGAGGAAGUGAGCGCCCUGGAGGCGCUGCCGCUGGACGUGCAGCUGCACAUCAUGUCCUUCCUCUCGCCGCGGGACCUGUGCCGCCUGGGCAGCGCCGGCUCCUACUGGCGGGCGGCCGUGCGGGACCCGCUGCUCUGGAGGUGCCUUCUCCGGCGGGAUCUCCCCGCGUGGGCAGCCGUGGACUGGAAAUCACUCCCGGAUGUGGAAGUUUUCAACCAGGUCUUUUCGGAAGUCAGUGAUAACACGCUGUACGACUACAUGGCAGUAUAUAAAAAAAGCUGUCCGCAGAGUAGAAGAAGCCUGAAAUCAAGCCGUUCCCGGUAUGGAGCUGUGACAUCGUUUUUGCAGUCACUAGUCACUCAGGCAGAACCUCGCUUUGCUAUGUUUGGGCCAGGGUUGGAAGAGCUGGAUGACUCUUUAGUGCAAAAGAUGAUGACUUGCCCAGAGAUUCUACAAGUGGCGGGCCUACCUCAAAGACGAAUUCAUGGGAUUGGAUCAGGAGUCAGUUUUCAGUUCAAUAACAAUCAAAAAUUCAAUAUUCUGACAUUGUAUUCAACUACCAGUGUGGAAAGGAGGAAAGCAAGGACAGAGCAAGCUGUGGUUGUGAAUAAGAUGUUCUACCAAGACAACAGUACAGUGAGGAAUCAGCAGGUUGUACACUACAGUGUAAUAGCUCAAGUUAAAAAGGUGUGCGAAGUAGUUGAUGGAUUCAUCUAUGUUGCUAAUGCAGAAGCUCAUGAAAAGCACGACCGUGAAGAAGAACUGGCCCAUAUUUUGGCAAUGAUUGAUCCUGCUCUUGGGCCUCGAAACAGACCUCUGCUGGUUUUAUCUUGUAUCUCACAUGUUGAUGUGAAAAGAAUUCCUUGUGUUUACAUGGCACAUCAGUUGCAGCUGAACCUGUUACAUCAGCCCUGGAUGGUGCAGGACACUGUAGCUGCUACUUUAGAUGGACUGCUAAGUGGAUUUGAGUGGCUCUUGGAAGAAGCAGAUUGUAAAAAUACACAGUAAUUAAACUUGCUUUGUUUUACUGUAUAAAGACUUUAGUGUGUUGCAAUUCAAAUGAAGUGAGAAUCUUGUCCUGACACAGCAUUGUCAGAUAAAAGAUUUAAGACAUACAUAUAUUUGAUUGUACGUACUGUCAUAAUUAACAUUCUUCCAACGGUAGACCUGAAUUAGAACUACAGGCAGGAUUGCCUGGAUUCCAGUAGCUGAUGAAGAAGGGAUUUUUUGGAAGCUGUUGGAAUUUGUUCUCUUUUAAGUUGAGGCAUUUAUGAUGCAAUCUUUUCUCUGUAAAUCUUAUAAUCUAAUCUGUUUUUGUAAAUAUACCUAAUACUAGGUUAAUUUAUCAGCACAGCCUUAUGGCAUACAUCACAUCACAUUUACAAACUAUAUUCAGUGGAGAUCUUGACAGUGACAAUUCCCAACCAAAGAAAAUACACCGUAUCCUGUACUGUGCUUUCAGCUCAACAUCUUUUGUAGUAAGUUGAUAUAAAGGCAAUAUUUCUUUUAAAGUAAUAAAUUCCAGUAUUUUUUUCAGAAGAAAUGCCUAGACAAAAAAUAGUGCUUGAAGGAAGAUUGUCAGCGCAGAGCAAAAUUCUUGGAAACAAACCAACAAAAUAGCCUGUAUGAAUCAUUUGGUUCUUGUUUGUGAUCUUAUUUAUUAAUGAACCACAAAAGACUUAAGCAUCUCCUAUUAUCACAAACAUUGUUAGAUAGAAUCAUUAGGAUUUUACAACAUAUAUCAAAUGCAUAGAUCCAAAGAACCUACUAGUUACUCAAGUAGUUGUAGCAUUUGCAGAUGUGAAGUGUGCCUGACUUGAAAUUUUCUACACGGAAGUAUUUUUAUAAAAAGAGAAGACAACAUUUUAGAGCUGGAAUUGUAUUUUCCAUAUUGAUGCAUUUUAGGAUAGUUCUGCUUCUAGUCUUCCAUGUUUUUAUUUUUUUUAUUGUUUUUUUUUCAAUUAUUGGAUGAAUGCCCACAGACUUCCCUUGACUUUUUUGUCUAGGCAUGUGUUUGUUUUCUUUUCCUGCAUCUCUUGCUCUCUAUCUUCAGCUUCGUUUCUAUGCAUGGAAGUGCAGUAGUCUCACAAACAGUUGUUUCUUGAUAUCUAGAUAAAUGGAUACAUGGUGUACAUUCAGCUGUCAUGUAUGACUGUACACUGUAGCAGUAACUGCCCUCAAUCUGAUAAGUGUGUUUGCUUAACACAACUAUUUUAGAAACAUUCCAUUUGAGAAGUCUUUUUUUUUUUUUAAUGAACUAGGAGGCCAGAGAUAGAAGUAUCUUUGCAUUUUUUUCUUCUUCUUUAUCCACAGUUAACUCAAUUUACUAGACUUUUUUUUCCCUUGACUUUUUAUCAGGACUUUUGGGGGUGCUUCAAAGGAAAAUCCAUGGGAAACUGUGCUAUGCUAAUUGAGUGUUUCAUCCUUUUUAAUAUUAAGUUAUGUGUAAUCCCCCUUGAAACAGUGGGGACACAAAUGUGUAUCAGUAUUUGGGGGAAUUUUCCAUAUUUUGUGGUUGGAUGUAUGUGACUUUCCUGCUAGUCAUAAAAAUUUUGUAAUGAUCCAUCCACAUUUUAGAAUGUUGCAAUCUGAUAUUAUGUCAGCUACCAUGAAUGUGCAUGUUUAUGCAAACUCUUCACUGUAACAUUUUUCUGCUUUCUUCCUAAAGAAUAAA